UUUCUCUCUUUACACUCCAAGCUUCCAACAAUGGCGGUUUCAACAUCACACUACUCGCAACUACAAAAUCGAUAUUACAACCGAGAAUCAACACCACCAGAAACCUCAUCUCUUCCAUUACACUUUUCACUCCGACGAAUUGAACUCUUCCUCAGAUUUCUGGGUUUCAUCCAUGAUUCCCGCUUUUCACUUUCAAUCUCCUCACUUUCUUUCCUAUUUUUCGGUGUUGGCGCUCCUUCUCUUGUCAUCAUCUUAUUCUACUGCGGCUCUUCCGAUGCCGCCGCUUGCCGGAAAUACCAUGUUAAAAGUUUUGAGCUGGAGACGCUGUUUUUUCAGGCUACUGCUGCUGCGGUGUCGUUGCUUUGUUUUUCGCGGAGUUUUAGAAAAUAUGGGCUCAGGAUUUUUCUUUUUGUUGAUAAGUAUCAUGAAAUUGGUGAUGAAUUUCAUUUUGAGUAUAUCCCUAAAAUCAAUGACUUCUUUCGCUCGCUGGCUGUAUGGGUAUUUCCAUGCGUUAUCUUGAAGAUGGCACGGGAGGUUGUUAGGGUUAUAUAUGUCCAGAAUGAUUCACUGGUGCAAUCUAUGAUGGUUGUGUGUGUUUUGCUUGUUUCCUGGACUUAUACUGCAACAGUGUACCUGACUGGAAGCACCUUGUUCAGUUUGGUAUGCAGUUUACAAGUUAUACACUUUGAGAACUACAAGAAGCUUUUGGAAAGGAAUUUGAAUGUUUUAGUAUAUAUUGAAGAGCACAGUCGUCUUACCUUUAAUCUGUCCAAAAUAAGUCACAGAUUCCGAAUUUUCCUUAUAUUGGAGUUCUUGAUUGUAACUGCUAGUCAAGUUGUGACUCUGCUUGAAACGACAGGGAACAGUGGGACCAUCAAUUUCAUAAAUGCUGCGGAUUUUGCAAUCUCCUCCAUGGUUCAGGUAGUCGGAAUAAUUAUUUGUUUGCAUGCUGCUGCAAAAAUAUCGCAUAGAGCUGAAAGCCUGGCAUCAUUUGCUAGCAGAUGGCAUGCACUACUGACUUGUCAUUCAAAUGAGACUCUGGGGGCAUCAGAAAAUGGCGGGAACUUUAAUUUUGCGGGUUCAGCAAUUGCAUCAAUGAACUACCCAGAGAGUGACAUGGAGUCUGUUGACUACAUGUUACCAUCUAUGAAUGUAGAAUUGAAUCCAAAGGUGUCUUCAUAUCUCAAAAGACAAGCAUUUGUCAUGUAUAUGCAGGCCAACCCUGGUGGAGUGACCAUUUUUGGAUGGACAGUGAAUAGGGCAUUCAUGGAUACAAUAUUCUGUGUUGAACUCACUAUGGUUACUUUUGUUCUUGGCAAGACAUUAACAUUUACAACAAACAACACUUGAAGAAACCUGAUGCAUGAGUGCACAAUACAUUUUAAUUUGCCUCUUAAAUGAGGCGGACGGCUGACUGAUGCUGGUGUCUUGGCACUUCGCAAUGAACCUUAGCAGUUUGCAUUAUUUUUGGGUUUUAGCAUAUUUACAGGUACUUGCUGAAAUGGUAGCUAGUAGCUAUCUCUUCAGUCGCAGCAAUAAACCUGGAAUGGUAGCUGGUAGCUUGGCCUCUUUUGUCGCAGCAAGAAACCUGUGUUGAUGGCAAACUUUGUUGCCAACUAGGGGCUGUAUUGAUACCAACGCUUACUUUAUUUUUCCACUACCUGGGUUCUAUUUUACUCACAUGAUGACCAAAAGGAACAACCCACAGCCCCAGUCAACCGUACAAGCUGCGCGGUUACAUUUAUUUAUUGGGGCAUUUCGGAACAAACAAUUACUUGUAUAUAUGUAGCAACUAGACUGUAUCUUUGUCAUCCAAUCUGUCUCUAGUGUGACAGAUGACUAAGUGCACGAUUAUAUAGAAAGCUGAGGCUAAGGUUAAUAUCUUACGAUAUGUUUGGCAAAGAGUCGUGAAUAGGGCUGCCUAUGCUCCAUGCUUUGGAAGCCAAUUUUUAUAUUGGUCCAUCCGGUGUACAAAAUUUGUAAAGUAUAAUCUUAUUAUUUUGCAAUGUAUAUGAUGCUAAGCCUCACAGCAA